GUAAGGGAUGGAAAACGUGAUCCAGCUAGUGUAGCCGCGUGUGUUUGGAAGAACACUUGCCAUCGUAAUCCGGUCGAUCAUCCGGAGCGAGCAGGAUGACAAUGGAAGAUCGCACGGGUGGCAUCGACCGCGCCGCCCCCGCGACCUCGACGCCGGCCACGACGACAUUGACGUCGGCGUGCCCCGCGUCCAUCAGCGAUGUCACACCCGACGCCUCAUAUCCCCUUCAGCGCGCUAGCAAGCGCUCCUUCGACGUCGCUUUCCUGGUAGCGCCCGACGAGAACCUGGCACGUCGUCAAAACGAAAAGUUGCGAUUGAUAUCCGGCCGAAAGGAGCGUCCGCGAGAUGAUAUCUCUGUUGAUAACGUUCUGGAUGCUGACAGACUGCCGCAAAAUCUCACCAUCAAACACUACGAUAACGAUUCCGGCGGUUCGGAGAGAAGGAGAUUGUUGCAAUGCACGGAGAACUCACUGAGUCCACCCUACGUGUCACCGAGAACCUUGACGCCGACUUUGCCGGGACUUUCCCCGGACACCGACGGAAGGAGAUACACAUCGACUGGUGGUCGGCUUCAGAAAACUCCGAGUCCGCCUAUCUUCGUCGGUCAUCAGUCUAUGCUGACUACCUGUCCGGAAUCGGCAGAUUCUUCGGUCUUGUCCUGCACGAAGGUCUACGAGACUGGUAUCCCCUGCGUGACCGAUCGCCACGGCGAAUCUCGCAGUGCUUUUACGAAAGUCAACCUGAUAGGACAACGAAAUGGCUUCAACGAUGAUAGCCAGGCAUCACCCAGAUCGUCGAUAUCGCCGGACGACCGCGCGAGCUAUCAGAACAGCGUCAGUCCGCCGGUGGUGUCGUUGGCCGGAGCGGCGAGUUACAAGUACGCGCCGUUUCCUACUAAGAUGGCGUAUCCAUUCCUGGCAGUGGGAGCGGAGACCGGUCAGUCGGGAUUGUUGGAGAACCUGAAGAUCCCGCAGAUUGCUCAGCCGCCCAAGGUGCCCAGUCCGAAGGUGCCCGCUUUUCGACCGGAUCUCCCGCCGGUCUAUCCUAAUCUCUCCUACAAUCCCAUCUCCGUUUUCCCGCCGAUGGCAGACGCUCUUGCCAGGCCGCGAUUUCUGGCCACGGCCGCCGGGGUGGCCGGCCUUUUGCCGCCGUCGUUCGCCGCUCUGACCUUGCCGGCGCAGAACGUCUGCGCCAAAUGCAAUCUGUCGUUCCGGAUGACCUCCGACUUGGUCUACCACAUGCGCUCUCAUCACAAGAGCGAGAACUUGGGCGAGUCGGCGAGGAGGAGGAGGGAAGAGAAGCUUAGAUGUCCCGUAUGCGACGAGAGCUUUCGCGAAAGACACCAUCUCACCAGACACAUGACCGCUCAUCAGGAUAAGGAGAGCGACGGUAUCGUCGAGCAGGUCGAGGUUAAGAGGAGAGCCACUUCCGUUCACAGUAAGUGA